CGAACAUGGCGGACGGACGUGAUGUUUUCGCGACGUUUGUAUGGAUGUGAUGGAAAACGUAGUUAAAUACAGAAUCUUUGUCAAAGAUGGGGAUUCUUUUGCCACAGAAAGCAAGUUGGAAACGCUGUUGGCUCAUUACCAGGUUUUUCUGAGUCCAUUCAUCGAUGAUUUCAUUUGGCAAGUCGAGCCUUUCUGUCUAGUGACAAAAGCCGAAAAAGGAGAUAAUCCAGCUCACCUUCAUGGAAAGACAAAGUUUGGCGACAAUAUUGAUGAUGAAUGGUUUAUUGUAUGUCUUCUCUUCAAACUUUCAAAGGCAUUUCCUGAAACAUGUGUAAGUAUAUCUGAUAAUGAUGGUGAAUUCCUGUUGAUUGAGGCAGCUGAUUUCCUACCAAGGUGGCUGACACCAGACAACAGCAAAAACAGAGUUUUUGUCCAUGAUGGCAAAGUUCACAUUAUUCCCCUUCCCGCCACCCCAGGAGAACUGACAAUAUACCCAACAGGUACCCCCAUAUUGCAUCAGGCGCUAAAGUUAGUAUUUGGGCCUCAUAACACUGAAGCAGUAGCAAAGAUUCAGGAAACAAUCCGGCAAAGGAUUGCAAUAAUUUCUCAGAGCAGCUCUCAUCAUGCUCACUGCUAUGUACCAGCAGAAGUCAAAUUUGUUCUGGAUCAGAAGCCAUCUUUAAUCAGUCCUGUUGUACAGGCAUUUUAUGGGCGGGAUCCUGUUGACAUGAAGGCUUGCAGAACAAUGGAUCAGUUCACACUGAAAACAAGACUUCUGUCAAGGAUACGUUUUACACGAUGCCUCUAUGCACAGUUAUCCCAACAACCUUUCAAUCCUGACAAGAGGUCAGAGUGGACUCUACCGCCAGUUACUGAUCCACAUUACAAAGCUCAUGAGUUGGGUCUGAAAUUGGCUUGUGGAUUCCAGAUCUUAUGUAGAAGAAGUGGAGCAAGCCAACCGGAUUCAAAGGUGAUAGAUGAACCCAAUGGCCCAAAAUGGGAGAGAUUUUGUGCCUGUCUUAGUGAUCAAGGUUAUUUUAAGGGAGAAAUUGAAGGAUCAAAAUUGUAUCAGGAUCUUCUGAAGAAGGCUAAGAAGCAAUUCAGUGAGAACUUCUCAACUCAAAACAGGACAGAUCCAGGACAGAUUAUUUUGACAAUGUUGAAGGAUGCUGUGAUAGAUGUGGAAAAGAUGAAGGCGGAAGAGCUGCUCCCAGAAGACGAUGACAGCUGGUUGAACUUGACUGACCAAGAUUUAGAGAACAUGCUUUCAAAGUACCGCGAUCUAAACUCAAGAAAGACUGGAAGAGACACCCACACAAACACGUCAAGGCGUCCGCCAUCGAGAUGAAGAAAGUGAUUCUGAUGCAGACGAUGAAGAUAUGGACUUCUCCUCAGGAGAUGAGAGUGAAACUAAUCAAGGUGUCGAAGCUAGUACUUACCUGAGCGAGGACGACAAAGAAAUGAAAACGUUCAUGGAAGAGAUGGACAACGAACUUGCACAGACAUCAAUCGGAGAAAGCUUCGAAAAGAGCGGUAAAUUACCUAAAGAGACUCGUCAGACCCAAACUAACCAUUCCGGUGAACCUCAGUGUGAUUCCGACGAUGAUGCGCCUGUCGACGUAGACUUCAAUCUUGUUAAAAACAUCUUGGAAUCCUUCUCUACGCAACAAGGACUCGCGGGUCCUGCAUCUAAUAUCCUUAAUUCGAUGGGUGUGUGGCUUCCACCAAAUAACGACCAGAGCGAUCCCACUUAGCUUCACGUAACAGAAGUGAAUCAUUGUGUUCAAAAGAACAUUCUGAUCGAUUUACAGCCAGAAUCGGCGCAGAAGAAAGGAGCGAAAAGAGCAAAUUUUGUCUCCUAAACUAACGCCUUCUUCCAAGAAAAAACAUUUGUAUCUCUUGACCAAAGUUGAAUACACGUCCAGGCGCUCUAGAACUGCGACUUAGUUAGGGGAACAAAGUUAAGGAGCCGACAACAAUUCACUUUGCGUCAGAUUUGACAGAUUCGAGAGAGCAAAGUGGUUCUGGAGGUAGUUUGGUUGUAAAGUGCAUCACAUAAGUUUAAAGUUGCGCGUGGUUUUUUCAAAACAAAAAGAAAAGAAAGCGAAGUACAAUUCUACUGAAGUGAAAACUGUCAAGAGAAUAUGUUUUUGCACCGUUGGGUACAAAGUUAAACGAGACGAAGUAAAACACAUGGUCGCUUUUGGUUAUAUUUCUUUCAUAGAAAUAUGACGAGUCGUUACAUUAUACCGGUUGCAUUCGUAACAAUAUCAAAGAAAACUCUCCCUGUUUAAUAUAGUGUUGAGACAAUA